GGAGGGGGGGGCGGGGGCGGGGGCGGCCACCGCAGCUGGCGGCAACGGCUCCCGCGCCGGCCCCGCCGCCCGCGGCCCCCCCUCCUGGCGUCUGGUUGCCGGCCACACGGCGCACGGGGUGUACAAGGACUGGCCGGCGGGGGAGGCGGUGCUGCUGUCGCUGACGGAGGUCCCGGAGCUGCGCUGUCUGGAGCUGGAGACCCACCGCGGCGUGCCGUACCUCCGCAUCGGCGCAGCCGUCACACUGGAGCUGCUGGCGGCGCAGCUGCAGGAACUGGCAGCCGCUGCCACUGCACCCUACACCGCUCCCGCCGCUGCACCCACCGCUGCUGCGGAGGGUGACCCCACCGCUGCCGGAGGCGCGGGGAAGCCACCACAUGACAACAGCAAUGCCGUCAGCGGCAGCGGCAGCAGCAGUGCGGCCAGGCUGGCGAAGCAGCUCCUGACAGCUGCGGCGGCGGAGGCGGAGAGGGGGGCGGGCGAGUGUGCUGCUGAGUGCGCUGCUGCUGCUGCUGCUGCCGAGCCACAUGGCGCCGCUUCGUGCCUCGGCGGUGUGCGGCAGUGGGCGGCGGAGACGUCGGCGCACCUCCGCCGUAUCGCCGGGCCGCACGUCCGCAACGCUGCCUCGGUGGGCGGCAACCUGGUGAUGGCGGCCGAGCGGGCGCUGCCCAGCGAUGUGGCCACCGUGCUGGGGGCAGCAGGCGCGGAGGUGGAGCUUCGGCUGGUGGCUGCUGAUGCGCCGACCCACGGGUCCGUCGUCCGCGCUAACCUUGUGGACUUCGUCGCAGCUCGCGGCAUGGUGCCGUCCGGCUGCGGGUACAUCCUGACGGCGAUCCGCGUCCCGCUGCCACCAGCAGACCCACGUGUCAAGUUCUGGAGCCAGCGCAUUGCCGAGCGCUACAGCAACGCCGCCGCCGUGGCGAACGCCGCCGUUAUGGUGCGACUCGCCCAACCAACGGCAGCAGCUACGGACCACACCGAUGGCGGACCUGCAGUGCCAAUGGUGGAGGAUGUACGGAUUAUCAUCGGCGUACGUACGGCAGCUGACAGGGGCGGCGGUGCUGGCGGUGCUUCCGGCGCGCAGAAGGCUGUGGCGGCUCAUAACGCCAGGAAGCUGCAGGACGCCUCGGCGCUGCUGCUGGACGGCUGGCUCUGCCGCCGCGCGGCUGCCGCUGAGGCGGCGCUGCGAGGCCGGCCCGCCUCCGUCGCCUCGGUGGCGGCGGCGCUUGCGGCGUUGGUGGGUGGGGACUUGGCGGCGACGGCGGCGGCGGGGACGCCGGCAGCCGCGGUAGCUGAGGGCUUGGUGGCCCAAGGUCUGAUGGCGUGCUUGGGCCUGGCGGUGGCGGCUGGCGGCAGCGCUACCGCCGCGGAGGCUGGCGGGGGGUGCGGGCGCGCAGGGGAGGAGCGCACUGCACCCUCGCCGGCGCGGAUGGCGCCGCCGUCUCUGGUGGCGGGUCGUCAGAGCCUGCCGGACCCCGUUGAUGCGCUGGCGCCGGUCACUCAGCCCCUGCAGAAGCUGGGUGCGAAGCUGCAGGCCUCCGGCACUGCGCACUACACCGAGGACGCGCCGCUCCACUCGGGGGCGCUGUACGGCGCAUUCGUACUCUCAUCCCGCGCCGCCGCCAGGGUGGCGGCGGUGGACGCCACCGCGGCUCUGGUCGUACCCGGUGUGGUGCGCUGGCUGGGGGCGGCGGACCUGCAGGACCUGCCCGGGGCGGUCAACCGCUACGAACGAGCGCCGCCGCCGCCGCCAGCUGCUGAUGCGGGUGCUGGUGGUGGCAGCGGCGGUGGUGACAUGUGGCCGAGCGGCCCUGAGCCGGUGUUCCUGGCUGUGGGGGAGCGGUGUGCGUAUGCGGGUCAGCCGGUUGGGCUGGUCCUCGCCACAAGCCCCUGGGCAGCGCAACGCGGCGCCAAGGCCGUUACCGUGCAGUACAGCGACAAGAGCGGCAGCAGCAGCGGCGGUGGCGGCGGCGACACGGGCACGGGUCCGUUGCUUAGCAUUGCUGACGGCGUCCGCGCCGGCUCCUUCCACCGCGUGCGGGACAUCAUGGUGUGGUGCAAGCCCGGCAGCAGCUACGAGGGGAACAGCAUCGUGGUCGCCGGCGGAGGCAGCGUACAGGAAGCGCUGGCGGAGGCGGGGGCCGUGCCGGCGGCGGCGGUGGCGGAGGCGGCGCUGGGGGGCUCUGCAGCGGCGGAGGCGGCAACCGCGUCACCGCCGCCGCCACCGUCAACGUCGGCCAGCCGGGUGGUGAGUGGUCGCUACAGCAUUCCCUCCCAGCUGCAUUUCUACAUGGAGACCCAGAGCGCGGUUGCGUGGCCGGACGAGGACGGCAGCCUGGUGGUGCACAGCAGCUGCCAGGGGCCCGACAUGGUGCAGGCCGCUGUCGCAACAGCCCUUGGCCUGCCGUACAACAAGGUCACCGUGCGCUGCCGGCGUGUGGGAGGUGCUUUCGGCGGCAAGGCAACCCUGUCGCGCCGGGUCGCCGUGGCCGCCGCCGUGGCCGCAGCGGCGACAGGACGCCAAGUCAGGAUCCAAGUGCCGCGCAACGUGGAUGCAGUAAUGAACGGCGGCCGGUGCGAUGUGGAUGUGUCGUACGUCGCCGUCGUGUCCAACGACACGGCAGCGACGACUGCCGAUUGCAGCGCCGAGGCGACCCAUGGGUCACCUACGGCUGCCGCGAUGCCCCGGCUGCGCGCGCUGGACAUCCACGCGGUGCUGCUGGGCGGCGCCUUCCUGGACCUCAGCUGGCUGGACGUGAUGGGCCUCACGUUGACGGUGGAGGGGCUGUACGACAUACCCGCCAUCAGGGCCGAGGUGGCGCUGACUCGCUGCCACCUGCCUCCCCGCACCGCUGUCCGCGGGCCGGGCGAGGUGGAGGGGACCAUGAUCAUUGAGCAGAUCAUGGAGCACGUGGCGGCUGAGCUGGAAGUGGACCCGGAGGCCUUCCGGGCGGCCAACUUCCUGCGCUGCCCCGACCAGCCGCAGCAGCAGCAGCAGCAGCUGCAGCGGCAGCCACCACAGCCCUCCGCCCUGCUUCCGGUGCGGAAGGAGGGGGAUGCCGCGGCGGCUCCCACGCAGCCUCGCACGCCCCCCCAGGCGGAGUCGCCCCCGCGGCAGCCCAGCCCCCAGCAGGGCGAGGUGGAGGUGGAGGCGGGGGCGGGGGCCGCAGCGGCGGAGGCUGCGGGGGACGGAGCAGCCAUGCUGGCGGAGGGUGCGGAGGCUGCGGUGGCGGCGGCCUCGAAGCCUGAGACAGAGGAGCCCGCGAGCAAGCCUGGCGAGGUGACCCAUGGCGCCGCUCCUCCUGCCCCCGCCCCCGCACCGGUGGUGACCUCCCCGCUGGGCAAGCGCAUCCCCGCGCGCCUCUACACGCUGCCCCGCAUGUGGGGGCGGCUGAUGCGGGGGGAGGGCUGGAGCCGGGUCAAGGCGGAGGUUGCGGCCUUCAAUUAUGCCAACCUGUGGCGCAAGCGGGGCGUGGCGCUGUUGCCGGCCAGGUACGGCAUGUACCGCGGACGCAAGCCCGCGUACGUGAGCCUGCUGCCGGAUGGCACGGUAACGGUGGCGUGUCACGGUGUGGAGAUGGGCCAGGGGCUCUUCACGAAGGUCGCGCAGGUGGCCGCCCAGACGCUGUCGGAGGCGCUGCCGCCCUCGCAGCGGCCGCUGGACAUGCGGUGCAUCAGGAUCGCCGACAACAGCACGGAGCUGCUUCCCAACGGCGGCGUGACGGGCGGCUCCACCAGCAGCGAGCUGUCCUGCGUGGCGGUCAGGCUGGCGUGUCUGAAGCUGGUGGAGGGACUGCAGAAGGUCGCAGUCCCCAAGAUGGCGGGUCGCGAGGACUACACCUUCAAGGACCUGGUGGCUGCCAUGAUGCGAGGACCGGAGUCCCUGGCGCCCAUGUCGGCAUUCGCGUGGGGCGGGCAGGCGGAUCUGCCGGAGAGCAGCAGCAGCAGCAGCAGCGGCCAGGGAGGAGGUGCAGGGGGUGCAGGGGGUGAGGGUGGUGAGGGUGGAGGUGAUGAGGGCCCCCUGGAGCCGCUGGAGCCCGAGUACCACGUGAUGGGGGUGGCGGGGGCGCUGGUGGAGGUGGACGUGCUGACGGGCGAGCGGCGGGUGCUGCGCGCUGAUGUGCUGUUCGACCUGGGUCGCCCGGUCAACCCGGCGGUGGACUUGGGGCAGGUGGAGGGUGCCUUCGUGCAGGGCAUGGGCAUGAUGCUGCACGAGAAGGCGCUGUACGACGGCGGCACGGGGGCGCUCGUACACAACAGCACCUGGAACUACAAGGUGCCGGCGGCGGCCUGCGCGCCGGAGCAACUCAACGUCACCAUUCUCAACGACGCGCCGCUCAUCACCCGGGGCCCGGUUGGCUCCAAGGCGUGUGGCGAGCCGCCGCUGCUGCUCUCCUGCGUGGUGCUGCUGGCGCUGCAGCGGGCCGCGGCGGCAGCACGGAGGGAUGCGGCCGGCAGGCUGGCAGGGGCGCCACCAGGAGGCCCGCAGCGGCUGCCGCGGCUGCCAGCAGGGACGGCGGCAUCCGUGGGAGCUGCUGUCGAUGCGACGGCAGGUAUCGUUGCAAGGGAUGCCAGCAACGGCGCGCAUGACGGUAGCGGUGGCGGUGGCGGUGGCGGCAAGGAUGGUCCCAGCCGGUGCUGCGGGGCGGGGCGGCAGGCGGUGGCGUUCCGGCCGCUGCUGGCGCCGGCGAGUGUGGAGCGGGUGCGGGUGGCGUGCGGCGACUGGCGGGCGGCGGAGCUGCUGCUGAAGGCGGAUCUGUGAGAGAGCCCCCGGGAGGCUCCUGCGCAGCCCCGCACCAGCGCCUGUCGCCCGGCCCGGUGUGACGGACUCCGGUCCUUCUGGACUUGCUGACUGAAAGAAGCCAGCUAGCGAGCUCUUGGGAGCAGAGAGCUUCCAGGUAUUUGUUUUAGUAUCAGAUGGCCAGAAGAAUUUGCUAUAAUUGUUCCAAAUUGUUUAUGCCCGUUGCUAGGCAGUUGCAGGUUGUCGUUGCGUUGUACGAAUGCCGUACCACAAUCUUGCCAUUCCAAGUCCGCAGGGACAGUGUUGUAGGUAUAUUUGUUUUGCAUGCUUGCGAAUCUUGAUAGCAUUUCGGCAUAUGAGGGUACCUUAGCAUUCAUUAUAAUAGGCUAGACUUUAGCAAGCGCCGUCGUGCAGAUGGCAAGCCGGAAAUUGGCCGGUGCCAUCGUACAGAUACAUUUGUGGACUGCAUGCUAAAGCCGCAGGAAGUUUUGGCUAUAUGUGGGAAGUGUAGUCGCAGGGUACUGGUCGCACGUGAAUUGAAAAAUGUGGUCUUGUUACAACUGGGAAAUUCCCGCCGAAUUGGUUUUGCGUGAAACGUUGCAAUCUAGAUCGUCGUGUUCAGGUAAAUAUACAUGGACGAUACCGGCAUGCUAGUAUCCCCGAUACAUGGUAGUCCCCCGCACAUGUGCCUACCGUGGUAUUGUUAUGGCGGGGAGCUCGUACAGUCAUGGGCUCCUGGCGGCGUUGGCAAGGCCAUGUGCUUUGGAUUACUGUUUAGGUGGUGGCUUUCCAUUGUACACUAAUGAGAUCGGCACUCAUGUAAGGGGAUAGAUGCGGCAUUUGAGAGUUUGAUGCCUUUCCUUAAGGGGCAUCGAAUUGCCCUUCAUGAUUCGUACCUCCAUGCUUGCUUCUAGCUAGCUAACGGCACUCGGG